AUGGCAUGUUCUAAAGAAGAAAUUGAAAGAAAGCGUUUAGCCGCUUUACAAAAAAUAAAAAACCGAACUCAAUUUUACCAAACCAAAAGUUCUCCAGGGACUUCCACAAGUCAAAAUUCUGGUUAUGGUCCCCUAAAAGAGUUUUCUAGUAACCACUCUUUCCAUCCUUAUGCUAAAAAAGAAAAUAGCAUAUCAGAAACAUUUGUACCAGUAACAAAAGUUGUCAGCGGAGCGUUAUCCUUAGUAUCAGAGGAUAGAUUUGAAGUAAAUCCUUCAGAGUUUUGUCCACCUCUAAUAAAUAUUUUUAAUUCAAUACCAUCGAAAAACUAUGAUUCUAAAUCCAAGUUAUGGAACUUUUCAAUUGCCGAUUAUGAUGAGUUUACAUCAAAAGUGGCUCCAUUAGCCCCUCACAUUGUUUUAGGUCCUCUUCCACCAUAUGUUUUAAAGAUAUUAAAAGAUAAGUCAAUAGACCCCAAUUUAGUAGAUUUAUCUCCUAUAGAAGCAACAUUGAGGAAUAAAUUAAUGCCUUUUCAAGAGGAAGGAGUGAGGUUUGGUAUUUCCCGGCGCGGUCGUUGUAUGAUUGCAGAUGACAUGGGAUUGGGUAAAACGUUUCAAGCGCUGGCUAUAGCCAGCUUUUAUAGACAUAACUGGCCUCUUUUGAUUGUUACUACAUCUUCUAUGAGAGAAACAUGGCAGAGUAAGAUUCAUGAGUUGUUACCAUCAGUCCCUAUGAUGAAUAUAGUUACAUUAACUACGGGAAAAGAUGCACAACUAGUCGCAGACAGGCAGACUGAAGUUGUCAUCGUGAGUUAUAAAAUAACAACAAUGCACACAGAUCUAUUAAAGAACAAGAAAUUUGGAAUUAUUAUUAUUGAUGAGUCACACUAUUUAAAGUCCCACAAAGCACAGUGCACGAUUGCUCUAGUAUCUAUAGCACGGCAGUGUUCGCGAGCGAUACUAUUAAGUGGUACGCCUGCUUUAAGCCGCCCAUCAGAGUUAUAUACGCAACUGGCGCUUAUAGAACCGAAGCUGUUUUCAUCUUACACAGAGUAUGGUAAAAGGUAUUGUGCGGGCAAACAAACAAAUUUCGGAUGGGACAUGUCGGGACAAUCCAAUUUAGCUGAACUGCAAGUGAUCUUACAAAAACGAUUCCUAAUUCGACGGACGAAGGAACAAGUGUUGACUUCACUGGAGGAAAAAACUCGGGAAUCUAUUUUACUUGAUGCGUCAUUACUCGAGUUCACCAAAGAAGAGCAGAAGGGGCUGAGCCAGAUGGCAGAGGCCUAUAAGAAAAGCAAGUCGUCCGAAAGACACGCUGCCUUACUCACGUUCUUCUGUGAAUCUGCCAAAAUCAAAAUACCUGCGAUAUGUAAAUAUUUACGACAAUUACUGAAGGAUUUCUCCGGGAAAUUCCUUGUUUUCGCUCACCAUAGAAACGUGAUAGAUGCUAUAUGUUCGACGUUGGACGAAGUCGGGUUGCAUUAUAUAUGUAUAGUGGGAUCAACACCCCCUUCAACGAGAGCGGACCUCGUAGAUAAAUUCCAACAUUCGGAAUCGUGUAGAUGCGGUGUAUUGUCCAUAACGGCCGCCAGUUCUGGCCUCACGCUCACCGCUGCAGAUCUUGUACUAUUCGCGGAACUACAUUGGAAUCCAGGGAUAUUGACACAAGCGGAGUCGCGUGCGCAUCGUAUAGGCCGCAAAGGCGGCGUGUGCGCGCGGUACUUGUUGGCGCAUGGCACUGUCGAUGACCACAUGUGGCCUUUGUUGCAGAACAAACUCAGUGUUCUAAAUAAUGUUGGUCUAAGCAAAGAUACCUUUGAGGAUACAACCAUGAAACAUCAGGAAAGCAAAAACAAUAUCACACAAUACCUUUCGCCUGCAAGAAAUAAAAACGAUUAUAUUCCAGGAACUAACAUUCGCAAGAAUUUUGAAUCCGUUCAGACGUCAGAUAUACACACUGAUAACUUCCUCGAUGAUGAGGAAGGUGAUGAAUUAUUGGCAAAUUUAGAUUUAUGA